CCUCCCCCUCCUUCUCCGCCUCCGCCUCCGCACGGUAACCUGUGGAUCCAGGUGUGCCGCGCAGAGCCGCCCAGUCUGGGACGGCCGGGAGCGCAGAUCCACCCGACGCAGCCCGGGUCCCGGCAGCCCCGGCAGCGCAGCUCGGCCCUCAGGGCGGGCUAAAAGUUGGGACAAGCAGGAAGUAGGUUGAGCGCACCCCGGCACCAAAGUCGCCGAGCCAGUUCUUUUGCUGCUGCCGUCCCAGCUGUUGACGGGCCCCAGCUGGACGGGAGGAGAGAUGGAGGAAGCCAGUGGCGGAGGUGGGAGCGAUAGAGUGAGGAGCCUCCAGAAUGAGGUGGAGGGGGUGAAGAACAUCAUGACCCAAAACGUGGAGCGAAUCCUGGCUCGGGGAGAAAACCUGGACCAUCUUAGGAACAAGACGGAAGAUCUGGAGGCCACGUCGGAACACUUCAAGACCACAUCACAGAAGGUGGCUCGGAAAUUCUGGUGGAAAAAUGUGAAGAUGAUCAUCCUCAUCUGUGUGAUUGUGGGCAUCAUACUUCUCCUCAUUAUCCUCUUUGCCACCGGCACAAUCUAGAGAGCUCUCCUUCCCUCCUCUGGCCUCCUUCAGCCUCAUUAGCCCUCCCUGUCUCCUCCUCCUUCUCCAUGCUGCCUGGGGAAGCCUCCUCUCCUCUUUCCUUCCUCCCCUAAGUGGAAUGCUGCCCGGCCACUCCGUGGGGCCUUAUCUGUGGGCCCUCUGUUCUGCUCCACCCUCACCCUGCACCACGUGUUCGUGGGGAAGGGAGGAGACGGAUGGAGUGCCUGCCUGCCCGAUGCACUAGACUGUGGCUGAGUUCCAGGGGGCCCUCUGCAUGGGCCUGUGUCCCCUGGAAUACUGCUGGUGACCUGUAGGGAAUAAAGACCUCUCAGAGUC